AUGAUUGAGGCAACGAGCUCCCCUAUCAUUACGGAGCCACCAACAAUUCCUGCAACUGCUGUGUAUCCGGUUCAUAGCCUUCCACCAAUUAAACUACCACCUUUCGAUGGGUCAUUUUUGCGCUGGUACCCCUUCAAGGAUUUAUUCACGUCGAUCAUCAUCAAAAAUCGAGACUUGUCAGACACGCAGCGCUUGCAGUAUUUAAAGGACAGUCUCAUUGGCGAAGCGAAAAACUCACUGGAUAACAUUGCUACAACAGACGGUAACUUCACUGUCGCCUGGUGCUUGCUGGAGCGCAAAUUCGACAACAAACGCAUCAUUAUCAAUGCACAUCUAACCGAAAUUACAAAUUUGCCACCGAUACGAAGAGAAUCCGCCGCCAAUUUGCGAUCAUUGAUUGACAGUGUCACCGCAUCGUUACGAGCAUUAGAACAACUUGGCCGUCCGGUAGCUCACUAG